AUGGAAUACCCUCUUUUCACUCCUUUGGACGCUGAAGGCAAAGCUUAUCGAGGAUUCCUACCUGUUCAUAACAAAGAAUACUUGAUCCAGGUCCAGUUCCUCAAUGACAACGACGUACCUCUCAUUUACGGCGAACCCGAGAUUCAACGCCUUUUGCAACGUUGUGACACCGAGCAAGUGAAGAGGAGACUCGCACAAUGUGGUGAUAUCAAUCCUUUACUAGCAGAACUCAAGGAAAUGUUGGAACAAGAAACAAUGGGUGAUGGAGACAUGUUGGAUAUAUCCUUUUCUCGACGAUAUAAAGCGAUUAUGACCGAAUUGAUGAGCAUUGGAUUCGAUAAGGUGCAAGAUUUCAGCAAUGAUCGAGUCGCUUUUUCGUUGACAGAUUCAAUGCAACAACGACGCCAUACGAUCUACGCAUCCAUUCCUGCCAAUUAUCCACUAUCAACACCCAAAAUCACUGCACAACUUCCAAUCACCAACAUUUCUGCCACCACGUUGACGAAUACAGUGGAGCAAUGCUAUCGUAUCAUUGAAAGAUAUCAACCGCUUUUCUCAUGUUUGGAUGAGUUGGAUCAACACACACGAAUUCUGGACCCUGAGAACCCAAGUUAUGGUGAUGUAUGGCGACGUGUGGCUCUUAUCAAUCAUUGUUCGUUGCAUGUUGAAUUACAUCCCGAUCGACCACAAGAGCAACCCAAGGUGAUACGUUUCUUUGGAAAUGAAAAGAGCACAAAGAUCCUCAGAGACAUGUGGCAGCAAGGCAACAAAUGGGAUCCAUCAGCAACUCCCUUGCAGAACAUCAAGUCAAUCUUUGGCGACAAGCUGGUGUUGAAGUCUGGGCAAGGCAACGCGUCUAUUGAUAAUGCAGCCGCUGAUAUCGAGUGUGGUAUUUGCUACAUUUACAAGUUGCACCACGAAACCCACGGUGAUCAAAAUCCGGAUGUUGUUUGCACCAACGAUCAAUGUAAUCGGGGUUUCCAUCCAAGUUGUCUAUACGAGUGGUUACGAUCGAAUCCAAAGACUACACGUAGCUUUAACGUGCUUUUCGGCAAUUGCCCAUACUGCAACGAGAAAAUCACGAUCAAAGCCAUCCUUUAG